AUGCCCCAGAUACCCCUGUGGCGUCAGCCACCUGCCGUCCCUGCUGCUCCAGCAGCCGUGCAGGCAUCGGCAUCAAACCCAUCAGCACCGCACUCGACUGCGUCGCACCCGUCGGCAUCGCAAUCGUCGGCACCGUACCCGCCAGCAAGCGCCCUCCCAGCGUUUAGCGACCCCCAGCAGAUUCUUCUGGCGCAUUACAUGAAGCUCACCAAGCGCCACGUGGCAGUGCAGGGCUGUGACUCUGCAGCCGCCCCUGCCGCAUCACGAGGCUCAGUCCAGGUGAAAACGGAAGGGGCAUCAGACAUCGCAGAGGCACCUGAAGGUGAAUCUCUGGCCGUUCAGGGGAAACGGAUCCAAGGAGAAUCAGAGGAGAUGCAUGGGAUGAGUGAGCAGAGCUGCUUAAGCCCAGGGAAACGGGGGCGAUGCGAGAAGGUCUGCGGUGGAGAUGGGUCGGAUGCUUUGCACGGUGAUGUGGAGGGUGGUUAUAGCAUGAAGCGCAUGUGCCUGCGGGGAAAUGGAAGCGACGUGAAAGAGAGUGAGGUUUCGGAAAGGUUGGACGGCAGCAGCAGCAGCAGCAGCAAGGUGCUUGAAGAGGGUGAGAAUGCUGGAGAGAUGAGCCCGGAAAGCAAUAGCUCUUGGGGGGAGUGUGGAGCAGAGCUGGUCUCUCUGGGUUCUGAUGUGGCGGAUUUCCAGCUGGAGGGAGAUGUCUGGGGAAUGGAGGGGUUGGAGUCUCUCCUUCCAGGUCUUUGUGAGCAAGAGCUUGCAAUAACAACUGAACCAUGGGAUAUGUGGCAUAGGUCAGAAGGCGCAGAUCACAGAGCGGCUGGGUGCGUUCUGGGAGGGGAGGUGGCGGGAGCUAUUCGACUCUGCCAUGGUGGCAGCGCGGCCAGCAGUUCGCCCACUUUCCUACACUUGCUCUGA